AUGAAAUUCGAUGUUGCUAUAGUGACUUGUUUGGCAAUAUUCACCGAUGUUGCGAACGCUUUCUGGCGUCUGCCUUGUCGCGGACGAAGUGGUGUGGCUCGGAUUGAUCCCAUAAUGGCACCAGGGAUACCAUCGGAUCAUGUACACGCGGUUCAUGGAUCGGGCGGAUUCUCGAUGUCCGCCAACGAGGCGAGUCUGAAGCAAUCGAGCUGUACUUCGUGCGCAGUGACCCAGGACAAGUCAGCAUACUGGGCGCCCGCGUUGUACUUCGUGCAUCAAAACGGCGAUGCUGAGCUUGUCAACGAAGUAGGCGGAAUGCUUGCCUAUUACCUUCUCAAUGGCGAAAAUGUGACGGCGUUCCCUGAAAACUUCCGCAUGAUGGCAGGAGAUACAUACCUGCGCGACUUCCCCUGGCCGAUACCGGAUCCCCCGCAGUCGGAGUGGUCUGGAAAUGAUCUAAAACAGGAGGCUCUUCGCCAGAAAGCUGUCGGAUUCAACUGUCUCAAUUACCAAAAGGAUCCCGAACCCUCUCUGGGUCGCCAUUUCUUGCCAAACAAGACAUAUUUGGAUGAGCACUGCACGGAAGGCGUUCGGUUUGAAUUGAUGUUUCCAUCCUGCUGGAAUGGGAAGGAUGUCGACACACCGGACCACAAGUCUCACUUGGCCUAUCCGUCUCUGGUGAUGGACGGGGAAUGCCCAAAAGGCUUCGAGCAUCGUCUGGUUUCACUAUUCUAUGAAAGCAUCUGGGAUACAUACGCGUUCAAAAGCAACAAAGGCAAUUUUGUGCUCGCCAAUGGAGACCCCACGGGUUACGGCUAUCACGGUGAUUUCAUGUACGGCUGGGAUUCGCAAGUGCUCCAGCAGGCGGUGGAUACAUGCACAAACAUGUCUGGAGAAGUGGCGGACUGCCCCAUUUUUAAGCUUCAAAGUGAUGAGAAACAGGAUGAGUGCCGUUUCUCCGUCCCGGAUGCUCUGAAGAAUGAAGACGUGAACUACCACAAGGGUGGUCUCCCGAACAAUGUCGCUAUACAAAGCGGACCUGCAUAUGCUAGCCCAGUCAGAUACAUCACCACUACCACCGCCGCCGCCGCCGACACCGAAUCUUCCGACUCAUUGGAGUAUUCGUUUGCCAGCGCGGACUGGGAAGUGAUCACGACGUGGUCGCCGCCCUCGAGCACCGUAUCGGCCGACCCGCCCUCGUCCACAACCAUCGUCUACGUGGAACAGGAGAUCAUCGUGCUCGUGGACGAUCACGGUGUCCCUAUCGAGACGCAGACUGGCUCGCUAGAAACCGCCUCGCAGACCACGUCCAGUGGCGGCGCGACGUCCAGCCGACCCCCUUCGAAGCGCGGUUGGUAUCUCCACCAUGCCGCCCACAAGCAUUACCGCCACGGACACUCCCAUUGA